AUUUAGAAACAACGUAUAUAUAUCUACAACUACGUUCUACUAGUUCAAAUGAGUAGCUCAGAUGAUCAAGGUGGAAGCACAAGCAAUUGCAGCACACCGGACUCACAGAAGAAGUACAGAGGAGUGCGGCGUCGUAAGUGGGGGAAAUGGGUGUCGGAAAUCCGGGUGCCCGGAACCCAACACAGGCUCUGGCUCGGCUCCUACUCCACUCCCGAGGCGGCCGCAGUGGCGCACGACAUCGCGUCCUACUGCCUCCGCGGCCCUUCCUCGCUCGAGAAGCUUAACUUCCCGUUAACGUUGCCCACGGCGGUGCGUACGGGGAUGUCGCCAACGUCCGUGCAGAAGGCGGCCUCGGACGCUGGGAUGGCGGUUGAUGCGCAGUUUGCGAUGAAGCAGCCGUCCGUUGAAGUAACGAACGGUUGCGACGGGAAGAUGAUCAGUGGAGAGAAGGUGGUCGAUGGUUUUGAAAACGAAACUUGGCGAAAUGAAGAGGGGAGUUUUGGGAAUUGGGAGGCGAGGAGUAGUGAGGUGAGAGGAGGGGAGAGUUUGAAUAUUUCAGUUGAAGAUUAUCUCUGAGUAAGUGUUUACAAAGCCAUUAUUUUGGUCUUUGGGAAAUAUAUACAGUUGAUAUUAAAACGUAAAGAAAUAUAAUAAUGUACACAGAUAUUGCCACAAUGAAGGGAGGAAUUAUUGGACACGAGGUUCUGUUUGGUUUGACGUGAUCGAUUUGUGCAGUUACUGAUCAAUAUUUGUAUAUUUUCAUAACCAGAUAUCUGAGCCAGCUAAUACAAUGCCAGAAUUAUUUUGUAUGGUCAGGGGGAAAACCCUAGCAGUGAGUUCACAGCAAUAGUUGAAGGAAAGCUCCAAAAUGAAUGGAAGCUAGGGUGCUAUUUAUGUUUUACUUCUCCCUCGAACUAAUCAUGAAGUAUG